CUAUUUCUCUGUGAAACCUGUGAAAAUAAAAGUAGAUUGAGCUGGUGUUUGUCAUGUAAAGGAUGAAUCAGUGUGGAUUCAGGUCUGGACUGAUGGUCUGUGUUCUGAUGUGGAUUCAGGAGAAUGGAUCUGUGUGAGGACAGAGAAGAGGGAGCCCCUCCCUGGAAGACCACCAACAGACCCCCCACAGGAUCCAGACCUGGAGCUGGAGCUGGACCAGACUCUACCAGACUCAGUCAGAUGUCUGUUAAGGACCUUUUGUUGCCUUUUGAAUGUCUUAAGUCCACAGAUCUGUGUCAGUCAAUGGGUCAGGGGAUCUGUCCUGAUCUUGAGUGUUGGUCCAUGAAGAGUGAUCAGUCUAUGUCACAUCCUUUUCUUUUCAAAGGGUCAGAUCAACACCAACCUGGACCUGGACCUGGACCCAGCUGCAUGUCCAUGAAGAGUGAUGACUCCAUGUUGCGAGGGAUAGCCUGUCAAAGAGGACAUGUUUCAGAAAUACAAGUGGAGCAGCAGAGCUCAGAGGUUCCCACUGGUCUACAGGAUCAGACUCAGCUGGACUCCAUAUUUCAGCUGCUGGAGGAGAAUAUCUGCACUUUUGUCAAGAACGAGCUAAAGAAGUUCCACCAGGUUCUGAGUACAGAUUACCCAGAAUGCUUAGAGAGUCUGAAUAUUGAGGAUGAAGAGCAGAGGAGGAGCUCAGAGGCUUUUCUGAAGAUCACACUGAACUUCCUGAGGAGGCUGAAGCAGGAGGAGCUGGCUGAGCGUCUGCACCGCAGAAUUCGAUCUGGAGUUCAGCAUAAACUGAAGGUUAACCUGCAGCAGAAGUUUGAGUGUGUGUUUGAGGGCAUCGCUAAAGCAGGAAACCCUAAAACCCUCCUGAACCAGAUCUACACAGAGCUCUACAUCACAGAGGGAGGGGCUACAGAGGUCAACCAGGACCAUGAGGUCAGACAGAUUGAAACAGCAUCCAGGAACCCACACAGACCACCAACAACCAUCACAUGUGAAGACAUCUUUAAAGGACCACCUGACAGACAUGAACCAAUCAGAACAGUGCUGACAAAGGGCGUGGCCGGCAUCGGGAAAACAGUCUUAACACAGAAGUUCAGUCUGGACUGGGCUGAAGACAAAGCCAACCAGGACAUCCACUUCAUAUUUCCAUUCACCUUCAGAGAGCUGAAUGUGCUGAAAGAGGAGAAGUUCAGUUUGGUGGAACUGGUUCAUCACUUCUUCACUGAAACCAAAGAAGCAGGAAUCUGGAUCUUUGAAGACCUCCAGGUGGUGUUCAUCUUAGACGGUCUGGAUGAGUGUCGACCUCCUCUGGACUUCAACAACAGUCAGAUCCUGACUGAUGUUACAGAGUCCACCUCAGUGGAUGUGCUGCUGAUGAACCUCAUCAGGGGGAACCUGCUUCCCUCUGCUCGCCUCUGGAUAACCACACGACCUGCAGCAGCCAAUCAGAUCCCUGCUCAGUGUGUUCAUAGGGUGACAGAGGUCAGAGGGUUCACUGACCCCCAGAAGGAGGAGUACUUCAGGAGGAGGUUCACAGAUGAAGAACAGAGCAACACAGUCAUCUCCCACAUCAAGACGUCACGAAGCGUCCACAUCAUGUGUCACAUCCCAGUCUUCUGCUGGAUCACUGCUACAGUUCUGGAGGACGUGUUGAAGACCACAGAGGGAGGAGAACUGCCCAAGACCCUGACUGAGAUGUACAUCCACUUCCUGGUGGUUCAGGCCAAACUGAAGACCGUCAAAUAUGAUGGAAGAUCUGAGACAGAUUCACUCUGGAGUCCAGAGACCAGGAAGAUGAUUGAGUCUCUGGGAAAACUGGCCUUUGAGCAGCUGAAGAAAGGAAACCUGAUCUUCUAUGAAAAAGACCUGACAGAGUGUGGCAUCGAUAUCAGAUCAGCCUCAGUGUACUCAGGAGUGUUCACAGAGGUCUUCAAAGAGGAGAGAGGACUGUACCAGGUCAAGAGGUUCUGCUUCAUCCAUCUGAGUGUCCAGGAGUUUGUGGCUGCUCUUCAUGUCCAUGAGACCUUCAUCAACACUGGAGUCAAUCUGCUGUCAGAAGAACAAACCACAUCCCAGAGGUCUGGAUCUGCAGAGGCACAGUUCUACCAGACCGCUGUGGACCAGGCCUUACAGAGUCCAAAUGGACACCUGGACCUGUUCCUACGCUUCCUCCUGGGUCUAUCACUGCCGACCAAUCAGAGCCUCCUACAAGGUCUGAUGAAACAGACAGGAGGUAGCUCAGAGACCAAUCAGGAAACAGUUGAGAACAUCAAGAAGAAGAUCAAUGAGAAUCUGUCUGUAGAGAAAAGCAUCAACCUGUUCCACUGUCUGAAUGAACUGGAGGAUCGAUCUCUGGUGAAUCAGAUCCAACUGUACCUGAGAUCAGGACGUCUCUCCAAAUCCAGUCUGUCUCCUGCGCAGUGGUCAGCUCUGGUCUUCAUGUUACUGUCAUCAGAUGAAGAUCUGGAUGAGUUUGACCUGAACAAAUACUCUGGUUCAGAGGAGGCUCUGCUGAAUUUGCUGCCAGUCGUCAAAGCCUCCAACAAAGCUGUAUUAAGUGGCUGUAACCUGUCAGAGAGAAGUUGUGAAGGUCUGUCCUCAGUUCUCAGAUCCCAGUGCUCUAGUCUGAUACAUCUGGACCUCAGCACUAAUGACCUGAAGGAUUCAGGACUGAAGAUCCUGUCAGAUGGACUAAGGAGUCCAGACUGUAAACUGGAGACUCUCAGGUUAAGUUUGUGUAACCUGUCAGAGAGAAGCUGUGAAGGUCUGUCCUCAGUUCUCAGAUCCCAGUCCUCUAGUCUGACUCUUCUGGACCUCAGCAACAACGACCUGAAGGAUUCAGGACUGAAGAUCCUGUCAGAUGGACUAAGGAGUCCAGACUGUAAACUGGAGACUCUCAGGUUGGAGCCCAGUGGAGUCCGAUGGUUGAGACCAGGUCUGAGGAAGUAUUUCUGUGAACUCAGCCUGGAUCCAAACACAGCGAACAGAAACCUCAAACUGUCUGAAAACAACAAGAGGGUGGAAUAUGUGGAGGAGGUUCAGUCAUAUCCUGAUCAUGAGGACAGAUUUGAGUACUGGCCUCAGCUGAUGUGUUCAACUGGUCUGACUGGUCGCUGUUACUGGGAGGUUGACUGGAGUGGAUUGGUUUAUAUGUCAGUGGCUUACAGAGGAAUCAGAAGGAAAGGAAAAAGUAGAGAGUGUGGGUUUGGAGGAAAUGAUCAGUCCUGGAGUCUGAGCUGUUAUCAAGGUAGUUACUCUGUGUGUCAUAACAACAAACCCACAUUCCCUCCUCAGUCCUCCUCCUCCUCCUCCUCCUCCUCCUCCUCCUCCUCUGGUACAGUCUCAGUGUAUGUGGACCAUCCUGCUGGAUCUGUGUCCUUCUACACAGUCUCCUGUGACGAACUGACCCACAUCCACACCAUCAACACCACACUCACUGAACCACUGUUUGGAGGAUUUAGACUCUGGUCUGACUCCUCUGUGUGUUUGCGUAGAUGUGUUGUGUAGUUGUGUGGACGUGUUCAUGCAUUGCUCAGAUUCAGAUUCCUUUGUCAUCCAAACACAGAGAUCUGACAUUGGCCAGGAAAAGUGUAGGAAGAGCACGUCUGUUGUAUUGAGAGGGCUUUGUUUGUGCUGAGAUCAUUCUGUGGAAGGAAACAGUCGGGCAGAGUACAAUAAUGCAGUCUGAUCAGAGUGACUCCCUGAAAAGAGGAAAACGACAAACAUGAAAUGAACUGAAAGAUAGAUCUGGUUCAGUUCAUCUGUUCUCCGUUUAGAAAAUAUCAGCAUCAUUUAUCUUUUUAUUAUAUUAUCUUAUAUAUUUUAUAUAUAUUUACUGUAAUUUGAUAUGUUGGAGGGAAAAUACAUUUUUGUUUGUUCAUUCCUCCUUUUUGUUUUGACCUUUAAUAAUUGUUUAGUGGGUGUGGCUGUGCUGAUGAGCACACAUGCAAUUCAUUAUGGGUGUUGUGAGGUUACAUAUACCUGCUGUGUGAUGUGGGCAGUGUGUGUAAGGACAGGCCCAAACAAUUUUCUGACUGUAAGCCAUAGUGUGAAUUCAGUUGGUCAGCGUUUUCAGUGUGUUUUGUGUUAAGUAGCCUAUUUUGUUUACUUUGUCAAAGCCCGGCUCUUAAACUGACAAAACAAUAGGAGACGAGGCGGGGGAGUACAGUUUACAAUAAUUCAUUUACAAAAAGAAUAUUAACAAAACAAAACGUGUAGGAAUCAGUGAUCAGUAGUGUGUGCCUUUAUGGAUGAGUAAGGAGAUGCGUAUGUUGAAAAGGCAAAUGGAGCUGUGGUGGAGAGAGGAGAAGAGAUAGGAAAAAAAGAGGCCAGCUCCACUGUAAGCUUAAAUAAGACAACACGGGGCUCAGGUGUGUCUGAUUACAGGCGACGCCCCACAACCCAGAACCUGCAAAACAAAGCAGUACAACAGGACACAGUACCCCUGGGGGAGUGGUGGGGUCGUCACAAUUUGUAGAGUGUUUUGAAUGACGAUUGUGAUGUAUUUUGAACAGUUGGACUUGAUACAGGGGUUGGACAAAAUAAUGGAAACACCUAACAUUGUGGCGUCAUAGAAGGUGUUUCCA